AGGGGGUCGCGUAUAAUUGUUAAACAUGAAUCAACCGGCACAGCGAAUGGCCGCCAUAGGGACGGAUAAGGAGCUGAAUGACCUGCUGGAUUUCAGCGCGAUGUUCUCUCCUCCGGUGAACAGUGGGAAAAGUGGACCAACCACCCUGGCGAGUAGCCAGUUUGGCGGACCAGGUAUGGAUGAGAGAACAGCUCCAGGGUCGUGGGCUGCAGGCAGCCAGACAAGCCCUUCCUACGACUCUGCCAGGGGAUAUAACCACAGCCCCCAAUACAAUGACCACAUGGGCGACAGAGGAAUGGGCUCUCACGACGGCAUGCCUUCAGCGUUUCUCAACUCCAGUUUAAUGAGUAAGGCAUCAGAGCGAGGACAUUAUUCAUCAUACAGCAGAGAUCCUUCGAUGCCCAGUUGCCAUCAGCCUGGGAUGCUGGGGUCGGAGCUGGGCAUGACGAGCCCAGGGCCCAUGUCUCCGCAUGGAAAGCCAGGCUCCCCUUACUACCCGUUUGUCGCCACGAACCCCCGCCGGAGACCUCUGCCCGACUCUCCAGGCAUCGAUGUUGCAAGUAAGAAGAUCAGGAAGAUUCCUCCAGGGUUACCAUCCUCUGUGUACGCACCCUCGGUCGCAGUAGACGAGUUCAACCGCGAGUCGCCCAGCUACUCGGCCAAACCGCCUGGCAGUAUGUUCUCUAGCCCCUACUUCAUGCAAGAUGCUGCGCACGGCUCUUCGGACCUCUGGAGUUCAUCCAAUGGCAUGAGUCAGCAGGGUUACAGCAGCAUGCUGGGAGCAUCGGCUGGUCACAUGACGCAGCCGGGAGGCUACAGCAGCCUGCAUCCGCAUCCACAUGAGCGCUUGAGCUACCCGUCACACUCCCCCGCGGACCCCAACCUCAGCCUCCCGCCUAUGGCCAGCUUCCCGCGCACAACCGGCAGCUCCACCGCAUACGUGUCCAACUCCCGCACGCCGCCCGUUAACGGAUCCGAUUCCAUGAUGGGUACGCACCACUCUUCGAGUAGAGGGAACGCGGCAGGUGGAUCUCAAACGGGUGACGCCCUCGGGAAGGCCUUGGCAUCUAUUUAUUCGCCAGAUCACACCAGCAACAGCUUUCCAUCCAACCCCUCCACACCAGUCGGCUCUCCCCCACCACUCACAGGUGCGGCACAGUGGUCACGGACCGCGGCGCAGGCGCCUUCAUCUCCCAACUACGAGAGCUCCUUGCACUCGCUGAAAAGUCGCGUGGAGCAGCAACUUCAUGAGCACUUGCAGGAUGCCAUGUCUUUCCUAAAGGAUGUCUGCGAGAGUCGGAUGGAGGACCGGCUCGACCGACUCGACGACGCCAUCCACAUCCUGCGGAACCACGCCGUCGGGCCCUCCACAAGCAUGCCCGGCGGCCACGGCGGGGACAUGCACAGCCUCCUGGGGCCCUCGCACAACGGCGCCAUCGGGGGCCUCGCUGCCAACUACGGCACGGGUGGCCUGUCCGCAAGUCGGCACUCCGCCAUGGUGAGCUCUCACCGCGACGAUGCCGUGGGGCUGCACUCAAGCUUGUCCAGCGUCAUGACGGCCCAGCCUGGGAACGACCUUACCUCCACACAAGACUCCUUCCGAGGCCUGGGCGGUAGCCUGACCACCUCUGGUGGGGGGGGCCAGGCGGGCAGCAGCGUGAGUGGCGGUUCGCAGAGCAGUGGCAUUGAGGUCAAGUCGGAGGACAAGGAGAAGGACGAGAACGAGGACGGGAAGUCGAGCCGCAACGACCGCGACAAGAACGAUGACGACAAAGAAGACAUUAAGUCAGUGACACGGGGCAGGUCAAGAAGUGGCGACGAGGAUCUACUGCCGGAGGAGCGCGAGGCCAAGGAACGCGAGCGGCGGAAGGCGAACAACGUGCGGGAGCGCAUCCGCGUGCGUGACAUCAAUGAGACCUUCAAGGAGCUGGGCCGGCUGUGCCAGACGCACCUCCGGACGGACAGGGCCCCCACCAAGCUGGGAAUCCUUCACCAGGCCGUGCAGGUCAUCACCAGCCUCGAGCAGCAAGUCCGAGAGAGGAACUUGAAUCCGAAAGCUGCCUGCCUUAAGCGCAGAGAGGAGGAGAAGGUGUCGGGGCUCCCCUCGGAACCAGGCUCGGGACACCCAGGCAUGGGCGACACUCCAUUGGGACACAUGUUCUCAGUGGAUAGUGUUGGCCAUUUCUGAAUUCUCCGACGCUGCAAAGCUGUAAAAGCUGUCCAUAUGUGCACGAACUCGCACACACACACACUUACACGGACACACGUACGUACUACAACACUCGAGCAAGCUGCUGCUGAUGUUGCUGCUGCUGCGUGUGGUCUUCAGCUGCCCACCCAACCUGCCCAAGAAGACGAGCAGAGGACAAACUCCCCUGCACCUCCCCGUCUCUCCCCCACUGCCCCAACCCACCUGGAGUCCUCCAACCCAAUUCAUCACCUCCCUCCCUACGCCCCAAGAAUGUGUGUUGACCCACAACGAAUGUUGACAUAUCCAGUAACUUCUGUUGCCAGCGAAGAUUGCAGCCUGCCAGAAGUUUGGCAGCCAAUUCUCCCCCACAUGCUGUGCGGGAGAGUUUCAUUGUGCCUAAAAAAAAUUAAAGUCUGACUUAAAAUGCACAGUAGUCGUAAUAAAUGUAUUUAUUACAAACAUUUUGAUUUUUUUAGAACAUGGGGGGGGAAAAUAUGCUUUUGAAAGGGAUGUCUGUGUUGAGUUUUUAUGAAUUAUCGUGCUCGUUCACCUAGUGUGUUAGGAAACCUGCUGGCAAAGAGAGGUUUGUGCCAGUGGUGUUUUACAAAAAUGAGAAAAAAGUAUACAAAAAGAAAAAAAGAAAAAAAUAUAAAAAACAAAUUGACCCCAGCAUUCCCUAAAUCUUGACCUGUUGUCUUAAACUAAAAAAGGGAGAACAUUUAUUUUGUACUGUCCAUUCCAUUUGACCAGAGUAACAAACUUUGUGUGAAAUGGUGUAAAACUCAAUCAGCUUAUGACAUUCAUUUACACAUCUUCACAUUAUGAAUAAAAAAAAAGUUACUAAAUGUGACACCAGCCAAUAGCAGACAUGAUGAUGAGCUCCAUACAGAUAUGGUAUAGCAUUGUAUUUCUUACAAAUAAUUGUGGUUCUGUUCGACGAUUGUUGCAUCGUCAUUUUUUUGCGGUUUGAUUUCUAUGAAAAUGUUUUCUAUCUUUGUGCUACACUAUUUUCUUUAUUACGGUUUUCUAGACGUAUACAGUGCAUUUGUAAAAAAAAAAAGGGAGUCGUUUUUUCCGAUCCCCUGUGAAAUUUUUAUUGCAGAGUGUAAUUAUAUGCCAUUCGUGUCGUUACCUUGUUUUAUUAAGCACAUCAUAUCCAGCACCCAACUUAAUGGAAAUAUCUGCGAACAAAGCACAAACAACAACAAAAAGGGAAGAAAAUUAAAAUGUAUAAGCUUGACAAAUGUCUUUCAGUGGAUAAAACAUACCUAUUUUACUGUUCAUGUUCCUUUAAAAAAUAUAUAUAAUUGUGUUAAACAUUUUAUGGUGGAUGUCAUUUUUUCUGCUGCCAUCCACCAGCAGCUACAGUUAAAAGAAAUGACUUCGCAAACUCGGCAGUUUCAGACUUUACAUUUCAGCAACAUAUCGCCAUUGCACCCGUAGUGCAGAAAACUUUUAUAUUGUAUCAUACCGUAAUUAGUUUUGCCAACUACCAUACUUAACCGUCUUCCAGUCUUGUUCAUACAUACGUUAACGUGUUAAUCAACGAGGGAGAAAAAUCACCAUCUUGCCGUGCCCCCCCCCCCCUGCCCUUCCAACUUCAUCGGUGGCUGUUAAAUCGGGACGUUAAACUUCACCUCGCCGAGUGGAGUGUGGUGCUACUUAGCAGCGCCCCGAUUUGAUUUUGCGUAGGCAUGGAGCAUCUAGCGCGGCCGGAGCGCCCGUGACGGCACAAAGUGUUGUGUGUUUUGCGUUUUAGAACGCAAGCGACGAGACGUAGCCCAUUACCACGACGGCCAACGGAGAAAUGUUGAAAUCCUCCCCAAGACUGGACAAUAAGGAAUCGCACAAAACCCAAGACUGCGUCAACAACAACGUUUUUGGGGGGGGGGGGGGUGUCUACCUUUAUCACUAAAAAGCCCUGUCAUUUUUUAUUACAUGUUAAAACAAUUAAGGAGGUUAUGCGUUGGCUUGUUUACUAGAUGUCGUAAGGAGCAGUUGAUAUCAACAUCAUGAGUAGCUUGACGGGAGAACAAAAAUUAACACGGGGAAUCAGGCUGACCGCACGCGCAAAAAAAAUCACCCUUUCCGUAUGGUUGUGUGCUGACUUUGUGCCGUGCAUUAAUUAUAUUUUUUAUUAUUUCGUUCGUACACUUCAGAAAGCAUUUAGUGGUGUAUGUACUGUACAUACUGUAGCUUUUAUUGCGAGACAUGACUUCAACGUGUGGCCUUGUUCAUUUCAGUAUUUGGAGGAUAAAACAACGGGGCUGGGUGGUUGUUGUGCCAUUGCAGAGCCUUGUUUUGCGAAGCGUGUUUGAAGCCGCUAUUUUGAUUUUGCUAUUAACUAUAUAGACUUUGUGGUAUGCGCUGAAAGCAAAGCUGUGCUUAAGGUUAAAGAAAGGUACAUUCGGCUUAUUUUUCACUGUAGCUAGCCUUUUAUACCAUAAAUCUUGUAUGAAAUUUCCGGAAUGCAGGAUAUUACUCUUUCUAGAUUUUUGAAAUCGAAAAAAGUUUGCGUAAAAAAUUUAAAAAAGUUUGUUACUUUAUUUUACUACUGUAGGUAGCAAAGCUAGUUAUUUUGCCAUAAAUUGUUAAUGAUAUUGCCAGGCGUAUGGUAGUAAGUAAAGUAAAAAAUUUAAAAAUACGCAGUGUAGUUUAUCGCUAGUUUAGUGCCUAUAAAAUAGCCUGUUUUAAUUGUAAAAGUAAGUUGGAAUUGGAGAGCUCAGCUGUGUUUGCAUUUCCGUCACGUCCAACCUUUCAGAUUCAUAGCCGAGUGGAAAAAAAAUGGUUAAAUUGCUGGGACCCUACGUGUUUCCGGUCAACAAGUCUGUUUCAACUUUGUUUCUGUCUGUAGUUACUUCAAAACUCCUGUAUGUAUAUAACAUUUAUGUAGCAAUAAAUGUGCCAUUUUUGUAACAAUAAA